GGCAUCAGCGCGUUAUCCUAAAACCGGAAGUGACGUCGGAGGGAGAAAAAAAAUGAAAAAAUAAAACGGCGAUAAUUGUUAUUGUUAGCUUGUUAGCUAGCGGACAGAAUUGUGUAAUGGAGGUACGACAGAGUAAUAACGUCUUAUUACACGUGAACGAUUUAAGUUAUUACAACCGUUGAGUGUGAAUUGGGAGGGUACGAGAUGGAGGACGGAAACAGGAGUGAUGCUGCCUCCACAUCCAAGAACCACACAGGCUCAAUCCACUUGCAAACUCCAAAAAAUGAGGACACCUAUGAAAUUGCCAUCCCAUAUGAAGAGAGUAACUUUGAGCAACAGGGAUUUUUCAACCAGAAUGAUCAGAAUUUUGACGAGUCUCCCCCUCCCACUGGUCCUUCCCCAGCCAGCAACUCAUAUAUGAUGAUCACAAAUCUGCGAACCCAGCUGCAGAUCUCUCUGGAGAAGAACUCAUGGCUUCAGAAGCGAAUUGAGGACCUGGAGGAGGAAAGAGAUUUCCUCCGCUGCCAGUUGGACCGCUUCAUCUUCUCCACUAAGACCCAGGGACAGAAUCAGAGCCAGUAUAGUAAUGGCUAUGAGUCCAGACGAUUCAACUGGAGGGCAAGAAGAGAAGAUCGCCCCACUGAGCAACAGAAGUCAGACUCACAGCACAUUACCUCGCGUCAGUUUAUCCAACGAAGGCCUGGUCCUCCAACCAUGGUGCCUUCUAAAAAUCAUGUCACCAGCCCAAUAGCCAGUCAGCUUGCCUCUAUGAAUGCCUUGUUCAGCUCUGCGCCCACCCAGACUUUAUUGCCAGGCCAUAGCAGUACCAGUGCAGUGGCCAGUGGCAGCAGUGGCAGCAGCAAUAGCAGGUCAACCAUGAAUGACAUGAGUGGACAUGGUAACGUAGGGGCAGAUUCACUUUCACUCCUGGGAGAAUCUGACGAGUACUUGGAGCAGGACGGCUACCUUGAUGAGGAGGAAUUGAUAUCAGGAGAAGAUAUAAUGCCAGAGACUAUGAACAGUAACAGGCACUCACUGAAAAGGAGGCGGGUCUUCCAACUUCCCAGGGAGCGGCAGAGAGUGAAAGAUGCUGCUGGAGUGCUUUUCCGCUACAAGAAGAUCCUGCUGACCUAUCAGCGCUUGAAGAAUAUGUCCAAAGCCUUCCAGAUCCAUGGUGUGGACCGCAACACGGUGGCCUCCACUACACCCAUUGCUGAGCUGUUACUGGUUGCCCCAGAGAAGGUGGCAGAAGUGGGCGAGUUUGACCCAUCCAAGGAGAAGCUGCUGGACUAUGCUCGGCGCUGCUAUAUUGCCCUGGAUGAAGAGACACUUGCAAGGGUGCAGGCCCUGAAGAAGAAUAACCUGCUCCUACCCAUCUCAUACAGGUUCAGACACUGAGGAAGACGGGAAUGAAAACUCUCUUCAGGAGCUAAGGGAUGGAUGGGAACGUCAGGGAGGGCAGUCAAGUUCUGCUGCAGCGGGCCAGCUCACCUCAUAGCAACAGGGAUGUCCAAGGACUUAUGGAACGCUUCAGAUAUCACGGCGUUCUGAUAUGGCCACAAAAGCUGUGAUUCAGACUGACACUUUUUAGAUGAACACUUCUUUGUCACCUCACUUUUAUUAUUUCUAUGAUGUACAGGUACUACAGUUGCUGCCAGCAGUCCUCAUCAGUACCGACUAACGUUAAGGAGUGCAGUUGAACGUCUGGAUGUGGGACUGCCUGCUGCAGCUGAAAAGGGACUAGUAGAUUGUUCUCUCUUCCUCAAAAGGGCAAAAUAGCAUAUCUAUGUGAUUCAGCAUCUGUGGUCAGAGAUGUGUGCACAGGAGUAUGUCUUGGUUAUUAAGAUGGUAUCAAUGAAGGGAAUGGUGUUGCCUCCCUUGCUUCUAGAUAACAAGGAUCCAUUUUGUGUCAGCUUUGAGGUUAAAAAACAUUGAAAUUUCUUUCCUUUUUUUCUUGAAUGGCUAUUAUGGCUCGAGGCUCACAAUUUAAUAAUUGAUUGUCUAUAUCAUUUUAAUUAUUGGCUGCCUGAUAACUAAUAAAGAAGGCCUCUAAAAAUUCACAUGUGCAAUUUUGAUAAAUCUACAAGUAUAAUAAAUUUCAAUCGCAAUAUUUGUAUAUGUUGAAAUUAUCCUACAUUCCAUGUAUUUGUAGAGCAAUGCCAUUACUUCAACAUUAUCCUACAGAAAACUGUUGCAAUAACAUUCUUUACCAGGUUCGUUGCAUCAGGAUGGAGAGGCACACACAGAAAUGCCCAGAACUCACCAGCUUUAUCACCUAAACACGGUUCACGCAACACGGUCCUUUUCUUUACACGUAGCCUCACACAGUUCUGCUGCUGCAGCCUCCUUUGAGAUACCUAUAUAUGUGUGUGUAUGUAUAUAUACACAUAUAUAUAUGUAUAUAUACAUCCAUACAUACACACACACACACAGGUUAAUGACAGAAGUGCUUCAGUUGUGUUUCAUCACUAACUCCUGCAGGUGUGUUGGAGUGGUUCUGUCUGCAGCUGACACACACAUCUUACCCCACUGCCCCGUGUUCCCUGGUCUUAUUUUGGUUUGUGAGUAUGUUUUCCUUAUGUUAUUUUGUUCCUUGCACUUUCCUGACAUCCUCAACAGUUGAUUUUGUGACUUUUUGCUUGUGUUGUCUAUUUGUUCUUAUGAUAAUCAGACUUGGCUAUAUGAGAAAAAAAAACAAAUUUUUUUUAUAUCCUCCAUGGUAAAUAAAUUGACAGUGUGGCUGCACUUCAGUUAUGCCUCCAUGUCAUUUCUGUUGAGGCACUUUUUGUGACAGUUGACGUUGGAUGGUCGCUGUAACACUGUCCAUCCAAUGAAUCUGAAUCUGGAGUUCUUUCUGCCGUUUCUUUUCCUUCUCAUUUCUCGAGGUUUAAGCGUAUGGAGAACACUUGAAGAGAAGGAAAAUGGUGUGACCAUAAACUGAACAGAGUAUUCUGCUGUCCCAUGUCUUGUUCAGAUGCAUUCUUAAACUGUUAAUGACAAUUGUGUAUUUCUGGCAACGGGAUCCAGCCGUUUUGUCUGGAUGUCGAAGCCAGUUGGAGAAGCGCUGUGGUAUUGCAGAUGUUUGCUAUGGGUUGUCUGCUGGUCUUUGCUUUGUAAGGAGAACAGGAUAAGCUUUGGUAAUGAUGCCAUGCAAAUCAUUUGUUUUAUCACCAGCUGUUGUAUCACCAACAUUUAUAAUUUCAGUUUCACCACAAGAUGUCACUUGUAAUGCACCGGUGCAGUUUUGAUGUUGCACUUUUGAUGACAAAUUUUUGUGCUGUGCAACACCUUUGCAAUACCUUUACAAUACUCUUCUUGAUUAUACUGUCUGUCUGUACCAUUGUUUUCUUAAUUUCUGUGUGAGACGAAUUAAAUACAUAAAUAAUGUUUGAGUAAGCGCCACAGUUUUAGAAAAAGAAACUUAAUGUAAUGAUUUGUGCACAUGGAGGGAAUGUCAUUUCUUCUCAGUGUCCCAUUAGUAUUGCAAAAUAAGCUUUGGUUGUCUCCAUUUUCUAGAGGUCUCUUGAGUUCCCGAAAAAGAAAAAAAAAUCAAAUCAACAGGAAUACUGAUUUCAGCGUUAGGUAAUUUG